CCCACCAACCAAUCAGUCUGCCAAAACAGUUAUGACUCUUUGAUCAUUAUCAGCCUGAACUUCUUCAGCAGUUUGAGCUACAGAAGCUCGUCUGUUGGAUUGGACCACACGGACCAGCCUUCUAAUGAUCCUCGGCCGUCCACUACCCUGUAACCGGUUCACCAAUGUUCCUUCAUUGGAGCACUUUUGAUAGAUACUGACCACUGCAGACCAGGAACAUCCCACAAGAGCUGCAGAUUUGGAGAUGUUCUGACCCAGACGUCUAGACGUCCCGAAUUGUCAAACUCGCUCAAAUCCUUACACCCAUUUUUCCUGCUUCCAACAUCAACUUUGAGGACAAAAUGUUCACCUGCUGCCUAAUAAAUAAAUCCACCCACUAACAGAUGCCAUGGUGAAGAUAAUCAGUGCUCUUCACUUCAAAGAUUUCCUGGUGUGUCUCUGGAGCCCUGAGAGCAUGGAGCGUUACAGAUACUACAUCCUGAACCAGAAGCUGGCGGUGGUGGUAGGAGUCCUGCAGGUGGCGUGUGCCGGAGUGUGUGUGGUUUGUGGUUUUAUAGACGCGGUGUUUCGUAUGAACACGACCCUCAGUGAGACCAGAGCUCCACUGUGGGCCGGACUGAUCAUGGCCAUCCCUGGGGUGUUCGCGCUCUUUGCCUCACAAAGGAAAAACCCAACGCUGGUCUCCAUCAUGAUCAUUUCGUGCGUCGUCUCUCACGUCGCCACUGUGAUCGUGUUCGUUUACGCUGGCGCAACGCUCAGUUACGGAGAGGAAGAUGAUGAACUUUUUCACCCCCGUCACAUCACUGAAGUGAAGUUUGUCCUGAGCCGCAUGGUGAAGGGAGCAAACGGCACCAUGGUGUUAGCCGGAGUCGGUUCUCUGAUCUUCUCAUCCCUUAUCAUGUACGUGGGAUGCCGCAGUCUGCCGCUCUGUGGCUGCUAUGAUUCAGUCACGGGCAUGGAGACACUUGUUCCUCAGAGUGAUCCUAGUACUUCAGGUGAACUGGUUUGUUCCUGGCAUGGUGGAGACGAGCGGGUGUUGAACUCUCCCUUGUCGUUCAUGGAAAUCUGCCCCGGACAGGAACAGGAACUUUCUGCACUUCCUCCAUACAGCAGAAUCGCGUAGGCACUGAAGUGCGCAGUCCUGAGCGCCAACACGCGAUGGAGAGUGAAAUCUUGUCUCAGGAGAUGAAGCUUCUGACUUCUAUUCCAAACAUUUCCUUCCUCAUGCACUACUUUCUACUGACUGAUGAUCUGAAGUGCCAUUUUACUGUAUGCAAAGUUUGUUUUUAUCGUUCUAAUUUAUGUAAUUUAUAUCCAGAUGCCUGUAUAUAUUGUGAAAUAAUCACCUGAUUUGUAAUAAAUAGUUUUUACCA